UUGUGAGUGGCCGCAAUGAUAUUUAAUGGUUUUUUGAUUUCAGCCCAGAAAAAAAUGCAGCAGCAUCACAGAUCCGGAUCGCUUUACUGUGGCGUCACGCUGGUUGGAGUAAUACUCCUGGUGCUGCUCCGGCUAAUGCCGGGCAGCCCCUUCGGGGUGUACGCGAUGGUCGAGGAGGGCAACUAUCAUGAGCGCAAUGGCAUACACACAAAGUGCAGUUUCUUCGACACGGUCAACUUGACGGGAUAUCCCUCGUUCCCUAAUGGCAGCUACAGCUACGAGGGCGUGCUGAUACCCAGCCACUAUGUGGGCACCUUCGACUACAUCUACAAGGAUCUGGUGGACCGUGUAGAUGUGGCGCCGCAUAUGCGCGGCUGCAUCUGCAAGCUGAAGCCCUGCAUCAACAUCUGCUGUCCCUGGGGUCAGAUCUACAACAACAGCGAGUGCCAGAAGGACACCAACACGAGGCAAAUGUGGCCAGAGCCAACGAUAAAUGUGACCCUCCGAAAUGGAUCCUUGCAGAAUGUGAACAUCUACGAACAGUUUGUGGUGCAGAGCUUCAGGCCCUGCACUGAAAUGUUCUCCCUGCUGCCCGAGGUCAACUACUACGACACCUACCAGCUGUACGAGAACGGGACGCUGCUCCGCGAGGACGACAUGCACUACAUCUACAAGAACGAGUUCUGCCUGGUGCCCACUAAUGUCAACGACACGGAUCUCUACUACACCAUAAAUCCGGCCAACUGCGACAUGUUCAACGAGAACACCACGGUGAAGAUCAUCAAUGGAUUCGCUAUGCUCUUCUCCAUACCCUUCAUGCUGCUGACCAUUGCCGUAUAUCUGCUAAUUCCGGAGCUGCGCAAUCAGCACGGCAAGUCGCUGGUCUGCUAUUUGCUGGGCCUGACCAUUGGCUACUCGCUGCUGUGCUGCCUGCUGCUGAUGCACGACAUGAAUCCGUUUGGGCUGUCCUGCAAGCUGCUUGGCUAUACGGCGUACUUCUUCUUCAUGUCCGCCUUCUUCUGGCUGAACGUGAUCAGCUUCGAUUUGUGGCACAAUUUCCGUGGCACACGUGGAAUCAAUCGGUUCCAGGAGAAGAAACGCUUUCUGCUCUACUCGCUGUACUCGUGGGGCUCGGCUCUGGUCUUUCUCAUCUUCACGGUGCUCGUGCAGGAGUAUUUCGACUGGCCGGAGGCAAUCAAGCCGGGCAUUGGUGGCGGCCAGUUCUGCUGGCUGGACAUGACCAACUGGUCGGCCAUGCUCUACUUCUUCGGGCCCAUUCUGGUCAUCAUCGUGGCCAAUACCGUGAUGUUUAUGAUGACUGCGAUCAAGAUCCACGGCGUGCAGCGUGAGAUGGCGAGGAUUAUAGCCCGCGAGGAUAGCACCAAGAAUCUGCGCACCGAGAAGGACAAAUUCGGUCUGUUUCUGCGCUUGUUUCUGAUCAUGGGCGUCACCUGGUCCUCGGAGAUCAUCUCGUACUUUGUGGGCAACGACAAGAAAUGGUCGAAGAUCUUUUACGUAACCGAUUUGUGCAAUGCGAUGCAAGGCUUUCUCAUCUUUAUGCUGUUCGUGCUGAAGAAGAAGGUUAAGCACUUGAUAACCAACAGGUGCUCGAGCGGACGGGAGGGCAGCCAUCAGCGCCAGAGCCAAUAUUCCACCAAGACCACGUCCAGCAGCGUCGCCAAUCUCUCCAUGCACGAGAAGAGCUCCUCGGAGAAGCCGCUCGUCUCCACGCUGGAUCAACAACAACAACAACAACAACAACGCACCACCAACUUCCGCUGAGCUUACAGUGGAGCACGAAAGUCGCGCACCAGUUGCGUUUGGCAGGUCUAGUCCUUGGCUGACGUCCUUGCGUCGUGCUUAUCGCAUCGAAUAGCUGGGCGCCCAGUGCCUCCCCCCCUCCCCCCUCCCCCGCACCUCUUGCGCUCAUCGCCCAGCAGCCAUACUUAUUAUUAUAUAUCGUAGCAUUAAAAAAAAGACACUAUAUCUAUAUUAUAUAUCCAUAUCUGCCUGUAUAUGUCUUGUGAUCCAUAUCCAACACGAUUAUCUUUUUAUAUAUAUGCAUAUAUAUAUUUAUGUAUACGCUUAUUUGUUGAUCUGAUAUCUGAUUAGUCAUGUAAGCGUUGUCAUAUCUGUUGUCUAACUGAAACUAUUUUUAUGAUGCCCAAGCUUCAGAUCUACCCAGAGUUCCAUUUUUACAAAAAAAAAAGAAGAAAA